UGUUCCUUUACUCACGGCCAAUCCUACAGUCAACCUCUGAGCAUCCACCUGCACGGACGGAGGUACUCGACCUCACGGUGAUAUCCGGUGUAGUGACAUGAACGGCGUUUCGUGACUUCUUAAUUAUUUUAUCGCCUCUAAUUUUUUUUGGCACAAUUUUAAUUUAAUUAUACUUCAAAUAAACUAUUUUAAAAUUAUUAUUUUAUUCAAUUUUUAUUGACAAUUAAACAGACCGGUAAUAAAAAUUAUUUAUUACAAUGUUUGCAUUUUUAACGGUGCGGAGUGUACUCAGGUUUUUCCUAUUUGCUCUAGUAUGUGGAUCUUACACCCAAGCAACUAAAAAAUGCACUGCGGGAGGAUUAGAUCUGAAAUACGUAAGGGGAGAUGCAUUGGUCGAUUCUACUGAUUGUGUUGGACCUAAUGAUGUACCGUAUCCAUCAGCGGCAAUAGAAAAAAGUUUGAAGACUUUGUGGGGAGGAAACAGCCGAACCGGAAGGGCAUAUCAUCAAAACCGAGUUGUAGAUCCUGAGCUGACUAGACAAAAGCUCUUACACAAUUACAAACUAUCUCACGGUGAUUACACCGUGUCCAGUGUGCGGAACGGUCGGAGUUUUAGUUCAAAAGAAACAUGCGGAUCACCAGGUCGGCUUUGUAAAACCCGCUACAACACGACAGCACCUAUGUACGGGGUCAGUCUCACCAGCGGACAACCAGUUACCAUUGUACAAAAAUUUCCCGACCUACUGCAGCAAGUUGUCUUCGAGGUUUGCGAAUCCAAGGAAUGCGACGUAGUACACGGUGAGUGUACUCAAACUUAUGUCCCAUAUUUAUUCUUGGUGAUACCGCUUGGCCCGGUGACACUCACGGGUCAGGAUUACGUUCUUGUCGAAAGUGGUUGCGUGUGUAAGCCCAGAAGUUCAUUGACUGGAAAUUCUGAAGCACCCUUAGUACCUAACUUGUAAUAUAUUUAUUAAUUACUAUUAUUAUUGUUAUUAUUAAUAAAUAAUAAUAAUAAUUAUUAUAAAUAUAUUUAUUUAUAAUUAUAAAUUAUUUAAAGAAAAAAUGAUAAAUGUGGCAAAGCAUAUUGACGAUAUCGUCGCCUUUCUGUGAAAGGGGCACUUUCGUUUCGGACUAAGGCUGUUUGACUCUCUUUUUCUCUUCUUCCCUUAUAUUACUAUACAUUGAGAUACUUGUUUAUGGUCUGAUCUAAAUGUCUCUGUUACUCUCUCACGAUGAUGUUGUUGAUUAUGGUGACGAUAGCCAAGCGCGGUUCUUGACCCAAACAAUCUUCACGAGGAGGAUCACCGACGCGCAUUUCCCACGCUCAAUUCACUGCUUUAUGAAUUACAUUGUAUUAUUACUUGUAACGGUCCAACCGUGGAAAUUGCAGCGUUAAUUUUCAACAAUAUAGAAAAAUAAUAGCAUAAGACCAUGGGAAGGGCAGAACAAGAGAACUAUCAACAAUUUAUUUUUAUUUUGACUAGAUGUAUUCUAGUAAAUUCUGAAAUGAGAUCACAUGAAUUUUUGUACGUGAAAAAAAUUAGCAGAGGAUAAAAAUAAAAAUAAAACGAAAAGAAAAGGAAUGUAUAAUGAAUACAAUUCGAAUUCAUUGAAUAUGAAAAUGCUAAAUGUAUAAUAAAAAUAAAUAACAAGACUGCGAUGUGUAAGAAUUGAAUUGUGUCAAUAGUAUGGACUGAGAAUCACGAAGUCAGGUCGCAUGUACGCUACUGGCCCGCUUAUUUCAAAACCGGAUAGCUGAUGAGAAUGUGGAGGGAUUGUUCCUCUGAUUUUAUGACGAUGCCGCGCCUGCAACCAUACCGAUAACGCUUGAGGCUUAAGGAGAUUUAAAAAGUAAGGGCAAGAGGGAAAAAAAAACGAACUUAAACGAAUGAUCCCUUACUUAAACUACUUGCACAUAAUCCUGACUAGGUAAUAUAUGACUGGACAUGUGUCUCUGCAUAGAUUUCUUCUAUAAGCCUCGACUUAAUACAUCGUACUAUGAAUUCCAAUGAAUGUAAUCAACCGUUACUUUGCUACGGGAUCGUUCACCUUGACUUACGCAUCAAUGCGAUUCUGUGAAUCAUCUGGAGAACGUGACAUUGAAACAAUUAUUAAUAUUAAUAAUUUAAAGCUCAUUAAUAUAUAUGUAGUACACACACAACACACUCACACUAGAUCUAUAAAUAUAAUUCAUCAUAUAAAUGAUCCUGAAAUUAAUAGACAAUUAAAAAUUUUCGGAUUUUUUUUUCAACAAAUUAAUGACAAAAAAAAUCAAAAUAUGUACAUGUAGAAAAUUUUAAAAAUCAUAGGUGCAAUUUUUUCGAAUUUUUUUUUUUUAUAAUUUAAUAAAAUCCAAAAAUUAUUAAACGUCGGCUAACUUCAGUAUCAUGAAUAUAAAAUAAAUUGUUGUAUUAAUUAAAUAAUUAUCUAAUUAAACUCAAAAGAUAUUAUUGUAUAUUAAUAUUAAUUAAUAGAUGUAUUAAUUUUUUUUUUGUAAGUAUAUUUAUUGUAUUGUUGCAAAAACAUUAAUUUUUAUCUUUUUGCGAUUUAUUUAUAACUAAACAAAUUGUGCUGGCGUGUUAAAUUUUAAAUCGCAAUCAUUUAUAAUUUUGCACAUUAAAUAUAAUGAUGAUAAUAAUAAUUAUUAUUAAUUAAUAAUUGAUAAUUAAUAGCUUAAAUUAUAAUUUUAAAUACAUUACAUGAGUACUUUAUCAAGACCUCAUACAAUUUAUUUAUCGGAUUUGUUUUUUUUUCUAAUGUUUUUGUUUUUUUUUUUUUAUUUUCUUUUUUCAAUUAAUAUAAUUAAUAAGCGACAUUUUGUUAUUUAAACGUUCAGGGAUCAUUAAUAAAAUACUAUUUCGUACAAAAAUGUAGUUAUGAUAUUAUUGAUAUAAAUAUAAUUUGAUAUAUUCACCUAAAAUUUUUAUCAACAUCAAAAGUAGUUAUCGAUUUAUUAUUUUAGUAGAGAAUUAUUUUAAUCAAUAGCGACUAUAAUUUAUUGCAAUAAAUCAUGGACUGAAUUUAUUAUUGUUUUUAUCUUCAAUCUUUUUUUUUAUACACCAAGAAAAUA